GAAAGCUUUCGAUUUUGAACCAUACAAACAUCUCUCCCAUGGCGGAAACUCGAAACUCGUAACUAGAGAAGAAGCAGCUGUAACUAGAGAAUGGCUUGUGUCUCGACAUGCUUACUCAUCUCCCCUAGGCUAACUCAAUCGGAGCUCUCACCAAAAAAGCCUCUGAUUCGACUCAGAUCUCCCUUUCCCGGCGGAAAGCUAACGGAGAGGUCCCCGAGCAGUCGCCGGAAGUUUAACAACCGUCGAAUCUCGGUGGUGAGGGCGGCGAGCAUAGAUAAUAAGCUCACCGGCGGCGCAAUCAGACCGGGAGGAUUGGUUGAGAGCGACAAGAUUCCGACUGAUGUCCGAAAACGAGCUAUGGAAGCUGUGGACGAGUGCGGCCGGAGAGUCACUGUCGGUGACGUGGCUAGCAGAGCUGGUCUGAAUGUUACACAAGCUCAGAAAGCGCUUCAAGCUCUCGCCGCGGACACUGAUGGGUUUCUCGAGGUCUCAGAUGAAGGUGAUGUGCUUUAUGUAUUCCCAAGGGACUAUCGGUCUAAGCUAGCUACCAAGUCGUUAAGGGUACAGAUUGAACCCUUUCUUGACAAGGCAAAGGGUGCUGCUGACUAUCUGACUCGUGUCUCAUUUGGCACUGCGCUUAUUGCGUCUAUUGUUAUCGUCUACACAACAAUUAUAGUCUUGAUUUCAAGCAGAAGUGAGGAUGAUAAUCGUCAGAGGAGACGUGGGCGAGGAUAUGAUUCUGGAUUCAAUUUCUAUAUCAAUCCUAUCGAUUUAUUUUGGUAUUGGGAUCCCAACUAUUACAGAAGGCGGCGAGCUCGAGAAGAUGAAGGAAAGGGAAUGAAUUUCAUUGAAUCUGUUUUCUCCUUUGUGUUUGGAGAUGGAGAUCCAAACCAAGGAAUUGAAGAAGAGAGGUGGCAGAUGAUUGGGAGGUAUAUAACUUCUAGAGGAGGUGUUGUUGCAGCUGACGAGCUUGCUCCAUACCUUGAUGUGUCAUCUUCCAAGAGUGCCACGAGCGAUGAAUCCUACAUUCUUCCUGUUCUUCUUCGGUUUGAUGGUCAACCAGAGUUGGAUGACGAGGGGAAUAUUCUGUAUCGCUUUCCAUCGCUGCAACGCACAGCUUCUGGAUCUAGUAGAAGAAAGGAGUACGUGGGGAAAUGGUUUGACUUUGUUGCAGAUAUGGAGAAGUUCUUCAAGGAGAAAAAAUGGCAAUUUAGUAAAACUAGUUCAUCCGAGAGAGCUUUGGUCGUUGGUCUAGGUGCUUUUAAUCUCUUUGGUGUCAUUGUUCUGAACUCUUUACUAAAAGAGAUGGCUGUCACACCAAGUGGGUUUAUUACAUUUGUUAAGAACAUUUAUCCACUACUUCAGGUAUAUGCAGGUUCAUUCUUUGCCAUCCCUUUGAUUCGGUGGUUUUCAAUCAAGAGAAAGAAUGACCAGAUAGAGAGUAGAAACAAAGCUCGGCUACAGUUUGCACGAGCACUUGAAUCUCCUGAUAUCGCUCUACGGCGUAAGCUACUAAGUGCAAGGGAUAUGGCUCAGAACACAGUGAUAGGGAAGGAGAGGAUAGUGUAUACAACAGAUAAAGAUAUGAUUGAACAAGACUAUGAGGCAGAGGAAUGGGAGAGACGAUUCCGUGAGGUGGAAAAAUCAGAUUAAAAAAAAUGUGGAAUCAGGGAACUCACACUUGAUACGCAACACAGAACUGUCUCAGUAACCUACUUGGACACUGCGGAUGAGAGAAGCCAUGGUACAUAGAUAUAUAGACAUUGUUGCUCUCUUUGAGACAGAGAAAGUCAUUUGGUUUUCAUAGGGUCUCUUAAGUUAAAGAACUAACACAACCAUACCUGCACGCUUGGUCUUGUACUCUUGUUUAUAUGUUAUAUGGCAUUCAAGAGAAUUAUCCCUGCUUGUUCCGGAGAGUUACCAAAAAAAAUAUGCAGUAGAAGAUUAAUGUACAGUGAUAUGUAUGUAUAUACAAAAUUCCAUUUUCUUGCUCA